CCUCAACCCUCAUCCUGCAUCCUUCGAUGCCCACACGAUCACUUACUCAGUUCGCCGAAUCUUUCGACUCUGAUCUGCAAAUACCUACGGACAGAGUUGUCUUGCACCUAUUUACCCUAGAUUCAUCAUAUCCACGUGCGUCGUUGGAUACAGCCUGUGUAACCUACUUCAACUUCACCCCAACUUGCCACCGACCGGAGGCGCAGGAUCUCCACCCUCACUCGAACUGAUUCGUGGCUUGGAGAUGCUCAAUCACCAAUUCAGCGAUUACUGGUGACACCAAUCUGUGUCCUCAUAACCACCCGAAAGGCUCGCGACACUCAUACCACACCCUUCACGGUGGGCAGAGCGCACCUCUGCCUACCAACACUCACCCUCCACCAUGUCGUCGGCGAUCAACGAUGACGAACUCUCUAUUUCCCUCCCACAAACCGAUUCCAGCCGCUCCAGGCCGUCCCUUCCCACUGUUGUCUCCCCUCCGAUACGGGCCAGCUUGAGCCAGACACCAAUGGCAGAGUCUCCAGGCACCGCCCGCGCAAUGCAACGACUGCAUCAGUAUGCCUUCGUCCGCAAUAUCGGUGAAGGGUCAUUUGGCAAAGUCAAGCUCGCUAGACACAAGGUUACCGGUCAAGAGGUUGCAAUGAAGACUAUCAGUCGGCGCAAAUUGAUCAGUCGAGACAUGGCAGGGCGGAUCGAGAGAGAGAUCCAAUACUUGCAACUCCUGCGUCACCCGCACAUCAUCAAGCUCUACACCGUUAUCACAACCAAGACAGACAUCUACAUGGUGCUGGAAUAUGUCCCCAUGGAACUGUUCGACUACAUCGUAAAGCAUGGCCGGCUGGGCGAAGCCAAGGCACGGAAGCUGUUUCAACAAAUCAUCUGUGCUGUCGAAUACUGUCAUCGUCACAAAAUCGUCCAUCGAGAUCUCAAACCGGAAAAUCUCCUCCUUGACAAGAACAUGAACGUGAAAAUCGCCGACUUCGGUCUCAGCAACAUCAUGACGGAUGGCAAUUUCUUGAAGACGAGUUGUGGAAGCCCAAACUAUGCUGCGCCUGAAGUCAUUGGCGGAAAGCUCUAUGCUGGUCCCGAAGUCGAUGUCUGGAGUUGCGGUGUCAUCCUCUACGUUUUUCUCGUUGGCAGGCUUCCCUUCGACGACGAAUUCAUCCCUGCACUGUUCAAAAAGAUCCAGGCCGGGACAUUUCAUAUUCCAUCACAAACUCCGCCAGGAGCAGUAAACCUCAUCAAGCGAUGUUUGCAAGUGCAUCCGGUCCACCGCAUCACCAUCCCCGAAAUCAGACAAGAUGAAUGGUUCAUGAAAGAUCUUCCUGCUUAUUUGGUUGAUCCCGUGGAGGAAUUUCUAGAUACCGGUGUCGACCCUACCAAAGCCAUCGACCCUCGCCAACUAGCUCCGGGAAAGCCACUCGAUGUGGUGGAGAAAAUCCAUGAGCAAGUGGUUGGCAAGCUCGGCCGCACCAUGGGUUAUGCAAAGGAGGAUGUGAAGGAUGCUCUGAGCAAAGAUGAGCCAAGCGCGAUCAAAGAUGCGUAUCUUAUAGUCAGAGAGAAUCAGUUGAUGAUCAGCACUCCCCAAUACCGCACAGAGAACCCGGAACUGGAAUCAUUUAUGGCGUCUUCGCCUCCGGUCGAACCAAAUUAUCCCAAUUUCCCCGGCUCGCCACGACGAUUCCAGGACAUGGAUGUCAAGCCUCUCACUCCAAGCCGCACAGAUGCUCACCGAGCCAGUCGAUCACUAUCUGAAACUCCGUCUUCAUUGAGAGAAGAAGAAAAACCCAGGAUCUCAAAUGUCCGCGUCCUGAACACAUCACUACCUCAUGUGCAUGAAGAGCUCCUUCAAAUUCGCGAUAAGGCAAAGGCUCACGGCGAAGAUCCUGACAUGAUUCUUCAUCAGACGCAAGGUCAAGAUCAGAAGGACGACGCUGAAAGUCCAAUCCCCGAGGAAAUUAAGGAUGAACACGGGAACCCCAUUUAUCGAUCCAAAGAGGAGCAGGAGGCCACAUCACGAGCAUUGAAACCACAUUCUCGAUCUGUGACGGCUCUGAAUGCGUUGCGAGACCCUAAAAGCCGACCCGAAGGUAUGACGACUCUGCCCUCUGAUGAAAAACGUCCACCAGCUUCGAAGACCAAGCCCAGACGGUGGCAAUUUGGGAUUCGCAGUCGGAAUCAACCCUGGGAGGCCAUGAAGUGCUUGUAUGCCGCUCUUAAGGCUCAAGGAGCUGAGUGGGAGGUUAACCCAUGGUUGCGAUCAGAGUCGAUGCCAGACGGUGAGGACGAGAAGGAUGGCAUUCCGCCGCCUCCACCCGAAUUAGAACCUGGCCAACGCCACGAGAUUAUGCAACAGCGGUUUUCAUUUGUUGGCGAGGAUUAUUACAUACCUCGAGACCCGUUCAAUAUUCGCGCAAGAAUUUUAAAGAAGGGAUUGCUGAUGCCCGGCGAAGCACCAUCUCUAUCCGCUCACAGUUCGGCGGUCAGUCUGCCGGCAGAAGCACAAACCCAGCUCAAGAAACAUAUCGAGCAACUCGGAUAUGCCUCAGAGGAUGUCAAACAGGUGCUGGGAAUGAGUUCUCCCAACGGAAGCCAAACAAACGCAAAGUCACCAGCAUCAAGCGGACAUACGACGCGACAAAAUACUGGCGGCGAGCCGGCCGGCCACAGCCAGGAUGCGUUCACCGGACCAGGACAAGUGUCUAUGAGCAGACCCGACAGUCUCUCAGCACUCAACAAGAAGAUCCCAAGCGAGCAUAUCGGAGUUUGGGUGUUCAUCGACAUUCAGUUGUAUACCAUAGAGCAAGGAACGUUUGUUGUGGAUUUCAAAUGUGAUGGAUAUCAAAAUGUGAUUUGGCACGAUUCGAAGAAGGACCGCGAGAGGAACAAGACACCCACCAGCAGCAGCACAGUCACCAGUCCGACGAACAGCAGACCCACCAGCGGCUUUGGAGACAUCAGUCACACCAGCUCUGAUCGGCUCGAUGAAAUGGGUGCAGAAGGCUACUGGAGACCGGUCAGCAAGCGCUACAAGAACGUGGAGAAGGAGAUCUCCAGCCCUUAUCCUUACCUCGACGUGGCUAGUGACUUGGUGGCUCAACUAGUAAGUCUGAGUGCUAAGGCUGCGCAACGGUCCUGACUGACUCUUAGUGGGGUGGCGCUGCUGCUUGAAUUUCUGUGUCUCUUGUUGUCCGCUUUUCGGCAGAUGUAUACGACUUCAUGACGGGGACGGUAUUCGCAGCAGCAAGAAGAGCUGGUGCAUAGAGCACGGGGAACAUGGAUGGAGACAGGAUUCGAGUACCUGGGGUACGGUUGAUUGGCGGUUACAACACGCGCUGGCAGGAAAGAUCUCACAAGCAUGGGUGCGGGAAGAUGUUAGAAAACACCCGAGACAAUAUGCAUAGCCCCGCUUAGGCAGCCAUAGCCACUCAAUGAUUGAGUAAGGAUACUUGCAAA